UAGCUAAUUGAUAUAUGUAGCGAGUUAAUUUAAGCAGAAGAAAACUGUUCAUUUGGAGUAGGAUUGAGACAACAAAUUGGAAUAUUAUUACCAAAUGGAAUAGAACCUCAGAAGGAAGAGAUGCCUGAUGCCACCCAAGAAUAUCUUCUGGGACUGGACUUGGCUUAAUUCCUUUUUAACUGCUUUAUAUAUUGAAGGGAACAUAAAACUGCCAUGGCUACCAUCUUACAGAGAGCAUUUAAGUCUAUCAUAUCUGCCAUUGCUUAUUGUUACUUUCACUUUCGGGACGACCACACAGGCAUCAGAAAUAUCAGAUACAACAUGCCAAGAGGGCGACCACUUUCUUUGCAGACUGUGGAGCUCAAAGUGAGGAUGUGUUGCACUGGCUGCGAAAGAGUUGUGAAAAAUGCCAUUCACAAGCUUAAGGGUGUGGAUUCAGUAGAGGUGAACCUAAACAUGGAAAAGGUGACGGUGGUGGGGUAUGUAGAUAGAAAUAAGGUGCUGAAGGCAGUAAGGAGAGCUGGAAAGAGGGCAGAGUUCUGGCCGUAUCCAGAUAUACCCUUGUACUUCACAUCUGCGAGCAACUAUUUCAAAGAUACAACAAAUGAAUUCAAAGAGAGCUACAACUAUUACAGGCAUGGUUACAAUGUUGGAGAAAGGCAUGGCAACAUCCCUGUCACUCACCGUGGAGACGACAAAGUCAGCAACAUGUUCAACGACGACAACGUUAACGCCUGCUGUCUUAUGUAGUUAAAAUCAUACACACAUGUUUCUCUUGUAAAAUACAUGCAUAUGCUGUGUGCUGAUCAGUUUGUGUAGCCAUUUUCAUAUGUUCAAAUUAACUAAUGAACUAGUGUCGAGGGGUUGUUUUAUA